GCAAUCUGAUACUGACCCCUUACUCAGCUAGUAGAAUGAUAGGGAAGGGUCUGUAAUGAGCCCUUUUUUUUUUUGCAAGAGGUUAAACACGUGUAAGGCCCUCCCCCAAGCUAAGGUCUGUCUGUGUAGCUGCUACAGUGAGAGAGAAUGAUGUUUGCAAUGUGGAGAUGUUCCAUCAUGCGCUCGCCGGUUCCAGCUUCUCUGCUUUCCGGGCAUUUUAUCCAGUCCAACUCCACGAUUCUUGACCCUGAAAUUACCACCUGUGCAGGAUCUCCUCCCAAAGCUCAGGCAUCAUCUGAGCCUUUCCAAUCAAGCAAUAUUAAAAAGUUCUCCAGUUCUGUCUUUUUGUACACAGACCCUUCAAUUCCUAGGGACUGUAGGCCAUCUCGCCCCCUCUUGCUGUUGCUUCCCUGGUUGGGCUCAAAAGCACAUUCUUAUGAGAAGUAUAUCCAUCUUUACUUUAAAUUGGGCUUUGAUGUUCUGGUGGCAGAAAGCUUUGUAUCACACUUUUUGUGGCCCAGUAAAGGCCUGGACUAUGCAGGAAAGCUGCUUGAUCUACUGGUAGCAGAGAAGGACCUUAGUUCUCGCAUGCUUUAUGUCCAUGCCUUUUCCAUAGGUGGAUAUAUAUUUGCCCAGAUGCUGGUGUCAUCAUUAAGUAAUCAUAAAAAACAGAGGGAGAUGCUGGAGAGGAUCCAGGGACAGGUGUUUGACAGUCUUGUAGUAGGAAGCACGAAAAGGAUGGCAACAGGUGUAGCACGCAUGGUGGCUUACCCAGCAUUUCAGUGGAUUGUGGUAAAUGGAACUUUGCUCUACUUUUACCUCCUAAAAACUCAUACAGUAGAUUACUACGAGAAGGGAAUCCAGACUUUCUGGGACUCACCUGUUACAUGCCCAGCUCUGUUCUUUUACUGCAUGGAUGACCCUCUAAGUGAUUACACAGCAGUAGAAGAGCUUCUUAAGAACUGGGAAAAUCUGGGAAUUCAAGUAAAGUCAAAGAAAUGGAACAGCUCAACACAUGCUGGACAUUUAAGAAGGCAUCCACAUGAGUACAUAGAAACGCUAAAACACUUUAUUCAGAAUCUGCAUCCAAAUACUCCAAAAUGCAAGUUAUAGACAGAACAGUCAACAGAUCAGGAUGUUUAUUAGUGCUAAUAUAGAUAAAUGGCUAUAAAGAUGUUUGGGAAUGGGAACCAAGGUAUUCCAUGGCUAUUGUAUACAGCUCUGAUGAGACCAAAGCUUUAAACAAAUAUACAAAUCAAAUAGACCAGGCUAAAGCAUUUGGGGACACACACCCCUUCCUUUUACAGGUGAAAGAAAUGGUGUUUUUUCUGAUGCCAGAUGAUCCAAUAAAGAGUGCGUGCACUA